GAAUAUCAAUGAUUAAUGUUGCAAAAAACGGGAAAAUAUUAUUCCUUUUCAGAGCUUCGAUUGUAUGCGCAAUGCGAUGGCAUGCCAGCGUUAAAGAUAAAUGUACACUUCGGAGGCGGUGCUGAGCUUCUUUUCGAUAAGAUAAAGAAGCGUGAAGUAGAAUUGCCUGCCGUGGACAAAUAUUUACCCGAAUGUGAGAAGAAGGGUUGGACUAUAAGGGAACUUCUUGUGUGGAUCAAAGAAAAUUUAUUGCGAGAGAGACCGGAGUUGUUUUUACAGGGGGAGUCAGUUCGUCCUGGUAUACUGGUGCUGAUCAACGACACAGAUUGGGAGCUUCAUGGAGAGCUGGAGUACGAGCUGCAGCCGUCAGAUACCAUCACGUUCAUAUCGACUUUACAUGGCGGAUGAAUGAAGAUUCGUUACAGUUUAAUUGCCGCCGAUGUAUACCGCACUCUUAAUAAAAUAAUGAGCCAUUCCAAAAUUGCCAAUUUGGUG